CAGUACUAUAAAUAAUAAUAAAAAUAAUAAUAACAACAAUAAUUUUAAGUUUUAAAAACUUUUUUUUAAUUUGCUUUAAAAAUAUCGAUAUAUCAAACCAACUAUAUUUUUUUUUCAAAAAAAAUUUACGAUUAGUACAACAAAUAAUAUAAAAUUAUAAGAAUGGAAAGACUAUUGUCAGAAUUAGAAACCGUAUCAUUUGUCGAUCCAACAUGUUACGCAAAUACAAAACAUCUUUUACAACAAAGAGAAUACUUGGCCAAUCAACCUUUAAUAAUCGAUUUUGAAGGGGUUUGGGACGAUAAUUCCGAUAACGAAGAAGAAGAUCAAGAAGUAUCUGGCUUUAAUAAUUUUAAUAAUAACAAAAGAAGAUUCAGUUCCGAAUUUAAUUUAUAUACACCAAUUUUAAAUAAUAAUAAUAAUAAUAAUAAUAAUAAUAAUAAUAAUAAUAAUAAUGAUAAUAAUAAUAACAACUGUACUGCAUUCAAACCUUUUAUACCCAAAAUUGAAAAAAUAGAAGAGAAUUUAAAUAAUAAUUGUAUAGAUUUUGUAAAUAAUAUUAAUAAUAAUAAUAAUAAUAUAAAUGUAGUUGUAAAUAAUAAUAAUUUAAAUAAUAUUUCAAUCGAAAAAAUUAAAAGUGGUAUCGAAAAUUUACAAAAAUCUGGCCAUAUCAAAAUACCCAAAGUUAAAGUAAAUUCAAAUAUACAAUCUAAUUUUCAACAAAAAAGAAAAAGUUUUUCAAACGAUAAAAAGUUAUUAUCUAUUUCAAAUAUAAUGAAAAAAAAUUUAAUAAAGCCUGUUUUAUUAAUACCAUAAAAGAUUUUCUUUUAUGUAAUAUAUUUAUUUACC